CACAGAUAUUACCAAGGGGUUUUUGGAUAAUUAUUCAAAAAAAAGUCACUAACAGAAAAAUUUCACUUCCUACUUGAAAAAAAAGUGCUCACGCAUAUAUGAGGUUAAGUGAUCACUACACUAUGCUCAGUCACAAGGUGACAGGAAAAAAAAGCCACCACCCAUAAAAGGAUGCCUGCAUAAUCUCUCUUAACAACAUGCCAAAGUAAGCUACUUCAGUUGGGCAAACACUGCUACUCCAUGGAGGCCCCAACAAGUCACUCAGAGGUGUCUCUCUGAUUGACUCAGCGCGAAGGUGUGCAGUAAGAAGCGCAUCAAGAGUCUUUCCCUCAGGGUUCUACGCUAUCCCAGAAGUGGGAACUCCACCGUCCUCAGAAGAAUCAUUCCCCUGCUCUGGAGCGGCUGGGCCACAUUGUUCCCGGGCUGUUUAUUUACAGAUUCUGCACACCAUUAACGGAUACAAAAAUGGACAAUUUUACUACACCCUCUGCAGCUACUCAGGGAAGUGACUGUGAUCUCUAUGCACACUACAACACAGCCAGGAUACUAAUGCCUCUGCAUUACAGCAUUGUCUUCAUAAUUGGGCUUGUAGGAAACGUGCUAGCCUUGGUGGUUAUUAUUCAAAACAGGAAAAAAAUCAACUCUACCACUCUAUAUUCAACAAAUUUGGUGAUUUCUGAUAUACUUUUUACCACUGCCUUGCCUACACGGAUAGCCUACUAUGCACUGGGCUUUGACUGGAGAAUCGGCGAGGCCUUGUGUAGGAUAACUGCUCUUGUGUUUUACAUCAAUACAUACGCAGGUGUGAACUUCAUGACCUGCUUGAGCAUUGACCGGUUCUUUGCUGUGGUGCACCCUCUACGGUACAACAAGAUGAAAAGAAUUGAACAUGCAAAAGGCAUUUGCAUAUUUGUCUGGAUUCUAGUAUUUGCUCAAACACUCCCACUACUCAUAAAACCUAUGUCAAAGCAGGAGGAAGAAAGGACUACAUGCAUGGAAUAUCCAAACUUUGAAGAAACAAAAUCUCUUCCGUGGAUUCUGCUUGGUGCAUGUUUCAUAGGAUAUGUGCUUCCUCUUCUAAUCAUUCUUGUCUGUUACUCUCAAAUCUGUUGCAAACUCUUUAAAACUGCCAAACAAAACCCACUGACUGAGAAAUCUGGUGUAAACAAAAAGGCUCUCAACACAAUUAUUUUUAUAAUUGUUGUGUUUGUUCUCUGUUUCACACCUUACCAUGUUGCAAUUAUUCAACACAUGAUUAAGAAGCUUCAUUUUCCUGAUCUCCUGGAAUGCAGCCAAAGACAUUCAUUCCAGAUCUCUCUGCACUUUACAGUAUGUCUGAUGAAUUUCAAUUGCUGCAUGGACCCUUUUAUAUAUUUCUUUGCAUGUAAAGGGUACAAGAGAAAGGUUAUGAAGAUGCUGAAGCGUCAGGUCAGUGUGUCAAUUUCCAGUGCUGUGAGGUCAGCCCCUGAAGAAAACUCACGUGAAAUGACGGAAACUCAAACAAUGAUACAUUCCAAGUCUUUAAACGGAAAAUAAAAAGGAAUUAAAUCUUGGAUUUAUAGCAAAGUAGACUGUAUGAUGAACUUUGCCAGACUUUUUUUAUAAAGCAAAAUGAUUGUUUAACUUCCAAAUAGGAUUCAUGUAAAUUCCUUUCAUUGGGCAUGAGCUCCCAUCUCCGACUUGGAAGUAAACUGAUACAUAUUAUUUUUUACACUCAAGAAAACAACAUAAAGCAAAGUUCUAAUUUGUAAAUGAAAUACUAUACCAAAAGGGAGGCUAACUCUCAGUGUAAAAAGUUUUGUGUUAAUAAAAAAUUUAAGCAUCAGUAUUUCCUGCCAAUCAUUUGGCAAAAGAAGACUGUAAAAAUGUAUAUUGCCCAUGUAAAAAUGUCAAUAUUGUAACAUGUUUCUUUCUUUACGGUAACAUAUUAUUUUGAUCCAUACUUCUUUCAAUCUUAGACUUUCAAUAAUAUUGGUGUUUUGUUUUGUUUUGUUCUGAGUUAUA